UUUAUCACUCCAAGACAUCUUCUUCUAUAACGCUUCAAUAUCUACUAUAUAUACAUCGUUGAUCUAUACUGACGUUGUUGUUAUUCACCUGGCGCAGCAUGGAUUCGAGGCUCUGCCUGGCAACUUUUUUCAUACUUGGAUAUAGCUGGUGCUGCACUGCUAGAGAUUUACCUGCCGGUAACCCCAUAGUUAGUCAAACUGAAGACGAUAAUGUUUCUGCAUUGCAGAUGAAUAACAACCUGGAAGAAGGGAGACAAGAUCAUCGACCAACAGUGGAAGAAGUCGAUGUAAAUGAAAAGUUGUGUACAUUGUGCGAAGAAUACACAGCGAGAGCAGUUAAGUACAUGGCUAAUAACAAGACCCAAACGGAGAUCAUUGAACUACUUCAUAAAUCCUGUUUGAAGAUGCGAUUUUACAAGCAAGAGUGUGCCAUACUCGUGGAUCUUUACGCUCCUCUCUUCUUCGUAGAGAUAAACAAAAUGGGACCUGAAGAGUUUUGCGAGGAGUUUGGGUUUUGUGGGCUCGGGAUUACCUUUUCUCACGUACUUUCUGGAAAGAUCGAGCUGCAAUUUAUGCCACCAACAAGUUAUUGAUCUUGAACUUUAUUAACUUAUGAUCUACUUACUUUUAGUUUACAAGUCUGCAUGCUGCAGUUUAAAGAUGGUUAUCUGGUUAUGGAAACUUGUAAUAUUGGUUCUACAUUGGCAAUAAUUAUAUUAUGAGCAUGCAUGCAGAAGUUAA